ACCAAAGGGAAAAGUUGGUAGCGGCUACGGCGACAUAAAAUUGUCGCACCACAGGAAACGGAAGUGUGUACUUUGAGCAUAACAAUUGAAGUUUGUAAUCGCGACGUUUUUUGAGUUGGCUGUUGUUUUUAUACGCUUUUGAGGCGACGGUGAUGUCUGUUUAGUUCCCCAACGCUUGGACUAUUAAAGAUGACCAAAGAAAAGCGACACAGGAGAAGGGAAUCUCCGGAGCGGGAGCCCAAAGUGAAGAUAAAGCAGGAGAGAGUGAGCCCUGUAAGGCCACAGAGAGCACGCCGCUCCAGGUCCAGAUCCAGCGGACACUCAAGUCCACAGCGGAGAAGAGCCAGCAGGUCACCAGCCAGGACGCGGGACCGUUCGCCGGCUAGAAGAGAGACAUCUCCCGCUGAAGGAGGCAGCAGAUCACCAAGAAACAGAAGGAGUCGCAGUCCUCCCCAUCGUGGUGCUGAUGUCAAGAUAAAACGGGAGCGAGAGGAGCAUCGGGCUGGUGGCGAUGAGCGGAGGAGAAGAAACGAGCAGCCGGAGGAGAGGCGGAGCAGGUGGGAAUCAGACCGACCGCGGGAGAGAGACCAAGGCAGAGAGAGACACAGGGAGCGAGGCGCCCUCGGCUCCCAACAAGCCGAGAGACAGCAGCACGACGAGCGGCGCCGAGAAAACCGCCAGCGGCGCGAAGACAACCAAGAGCAGGACUUUGGACAGUCUGAAGACGGGAAUGAUGAACCACCUGCUGAGAAAGAGAAGCCCAACUUCGGACUGUCGGGCGCUCUGACAGAAGAUACAAACACAUUCCGCGGCGUGGUGAUCAAGUACAACGAGCCACCCGAGGCGCGUAUUCCCAAGCGCAGAUGGCGACUGUACCCUUUCAAGAAUGAUGAACCCCUCCCAGUCAUGUACAUCCACAGACAGAGUGCCUAUUUGUUGGGGCGGCAGAGGAAAAUUGCUGAUAUUCCCAUCGACCACCCAUCCUGCUCCAAGCAGCAUGCAGUAUUCCAGUACAGACUGAUGGAGUUUACACGUAAAGACGGCACCUCCGGCCGCAGGGUGAGGCCUUACAUCAUCGACCUGGGCUCCGGCAACGGCACCUACCUGAACAACCAGCGCAUCGAGGCCCAGCGCUACUACGAGCUCAAAGAAAAGGACGUGAUCAAGUUCGGCUUCAGCAGCCGCGAGUACGUCCUCCUGCACGAGUUCUCAGACACCAGCGAGGUGGACGCCAAGAUGCAGGAGGAGGAGGAAGAAGACGAGGGCCUCGACGAGUAAAAUCGCGCCCACGAACUGUAUCGCCCCGAGUUAAUUUAGAUUAGGCAACAUCACCAUCACUGUUCAACAAAUAGCCGUUUCAGCAAGGAACGGAACAAUGAACUGAAGUGGUAAACGUGGGACUUUCUAAUAUAACGGAACAAAGGCUGGUUUGUAUAUUCUGUAAGUACCGAACUAUUGCUUAAACCUGCCACAACUGUCUCAAAGAAGACUUCCUAUUCUCAGGUUGUUUGUGUAAUGUCUGUGUGAUGAACGACUCAUCUCCCAUCUGACAGUCCUCACAAUACAAAGUGCUCAGUGCCAGAUGAAGAUAUCUUGCUCAACACAAUAGUUUAAUUAUAUAUUUUUGGAUCACAGCACUGAGUACAUAGUUUAGCAGAAAGAACUAAUGUCUCGUCUCUGUCCGGGCCGUACGUGUCGAUGUACAAUACGUGGAAUGUGAACUCUGGAUUCAUGUCUAAUAAGCUUAUCGCUUAUUGUCGGAGUAAAACUUUACAGACAUUGUAAUGUCGUUGCCUUUUUGCUUUGUAGUGCAGGGAAAACUAGUCGAUGCUGUUGUGUGUUUCCUUGCACCAACGCUGUGUGUAUUUACAGACUUCCUCUUUUUAUUUUUGUCUCUUCUGAAGCCAACAGCAUUCAUAGUUAAUUUCCAUUCAUGUACUGUUAAUAAAGACAGUGAAAAUUUG